CAACUACUUACUCCCGCCGUUACCGCCCCUCCAAGAACCGCGGUUCGUACACCAUGAUCCUCCGAGUGCUGGCCAGCAUCCUUCUACUUCAAUCGCACUAAGAGACGAAGCCUCUCUCAAUAACGAGAUGGACCACACUUUGCCUAUGUAUUGGAACGCGUUCUUGCCACACUCGAUGCCGGAUGCGGUGAGGUCUGUUUUUGCAGUGCAUGCAGAGGAAGAGGCGUUUGCUCAGCUUCAGUCGCCCACUCCAGGAGCAUCAGAGGCUGACGAGGACGAGCAGGCGGAUGAUUUGCGAGACCGAGAGCGAGAUGAAUUGAUCGACCGAGCGCGAGAUGGAUUGAUCACUCGGGACCACGGAGAGCGAGAGGAUGUCGAAGUGGCACCUCCUCCGGGUGCUUUGCGAGGACGACGGGGAGAUGAAUUGGAUAUGGCUAGACUCAUUUAACAAGAAGGUCUGUAAUUAGCAAGGAGUACCGUUCUGAUGAAUCUUGUUCUAUGCAGAAUCUUCUAUCUCUAACUCACCUGGGAUGCAGGAACUGCCAGCUCUGGAGCGAAGAAACGGUGCUUUUUCGUCCAGGGUAGCAGCAGGUGCAGCAGCAGCCGCACUAGCAGCACAGGAACGACACCUACACGGAAUCGGCAAUCCCGAAGAACCUGAACUGUCGUGGUACACAUCGUUCAACUCAGUUUACCCCAAAACGGUGAAACAGUUCAACCAGCAGAUGCAGACGUAUUCGGUAUUGGACCGGAAUUUGAGGGAGAUAUUGGGGACCCCUGGACAGGGAGGAGAAGACUACUUAGGAUAUAAGGUUUUCAAAGCUCGACACAAAUAUCCAGCUUGAUGUGGUUUUGUGUUGUUGUAGUCUGGUUGGUCGAUCCUCGACGUUGUUGUAUUUUCAAGCAUAAGUCGUUUACGUAGUUACUUUAUUCCGAGUAGCACCCUCUAAUGCACGCCGAGCGCGAUCAGAGUAGCAGGAAGAUCGAACGCCCUCUACAAUUGGCGAUCGAAACUGCGUGUCUAGACGGCAACCCCGCGAGUUUGGAGGUGGUUCGACUUUUACUGUCGCAAGGAACGGAAAGACAGAUUUAUUCUGCUGGAUCCGGAAGUGAGGCCGAACCGAAUUAAGGCUAGCUUUUAUUCAUCUUUCUCGGCAUCUUGGGGCCAUAUUUAUUUUACCUUUAUUUAUGUCCGCUGAGAUGUAGUAUAAUUCUACUCAUGAAAUUUAAUACCAGGAGUAAAAGUAGGGGUUAAGAUGAGGGGACCUCCGAGAAAAUGCAUUCUAGCACACUCUAACCGAAGGUAGCAGCUGCAGCCGCGAAGGAUCCUCGUGCUAAGUAUGCUGCUUUCGCCCAAAAACUGGUCGAAUCGGAACGCAUCGAUUUGUGGCCACCAGAAGAUGAUCAUGUUAACAUGAUUCCAUCUGAAAAACGUUCAGCGCCACAAGAGGAUGGAAUUUCUUCAUCACCCUCUGCGGGGAAACAAGCAGCAUUAUUUCCUCCGUUUAUCACAUGGAAAAAGUUUCUUCGGAAUCAUCGAUCUGCGACGUCUCGAGUGAAGAACUUGCUUCUCAGGACAGUAGAGGUGUGUCUUGGAAACCGGUACGCAUUGUGGCGCGUGAUGCACAAGCAGAAAUUUCCAUCCGCUCAGUUGGCCG